GUUACGUAGCCCCCUGAACGAAGAUCGUCCGAUCGAUGAUCGAAUAAGCGAAGAAAGAGGAUCGAGGAUGUUCCUUUUCCCCUCUUCGAGCUCGUAUAAAAGUCCGAAUGUGUCGAUCCAGCCGACACAACUGUGAAAGAUCGUCGGUGAAAGACGUUCUCCUUUGCGACAUCUACCUCUCGGUCGCCGCGAAAUUCAACCAUGUUGCUCCACCUGACCACGCUAUUAUUGAUAGCUUGUACAACGAGGGUAUAUUCGAAACCAGCACCGGAACCACCCAGCUCUUAUUUCCCCCCAUCGAAUGGCGGCAGUUUGUCAUCCGGUAAUUAUGGUCCCCCGUCGCUUCCAGAUCGGUAUGGGCCGCCCCAGCAACAACCCAUCGUCCACAAACAUGUUUACGUCCACGUGCCACCUCCAGAAGCUCCGGAAUACAAACCGCCGAAAUAUAUACCACCCGCGGCACCACCGCAGAAACAUUACAAGAUCGUGUUCAUAAAAGCGCCGACUCCACCAACGCCAACGGCACCGGCUCUACCACCAUUGCCACCUCAAGACGAAGAAAAAACUUUAAUCUACGUUCUGGUGAAAAAACCGGAGGAAGCGCCAGAAGUGGUUCUCCCCACUCAAGCACCAACGCAACCUAGCAAACCGGAAGUCUAUUUCAUUCGAUACAAGACACAGAAAGAAUCUCAAAAUGUGGAAUAUGGACCUCCAGCACAAUCGCCCCCUUCGGAUAACUAUGGAGCUCCACCAUCAAGCCCUGGCGGACCUUAUUAAAUAAUUUUAUUACAAAUGGUCUAUAAAUCUCCUAUGAAAUAAAUACUCGAAACACGCGAAUUUAGAGAAAUAUUUCCUCGACAAAAAUAUUUCUCAUCUAUGAAAUUUUCAGUAAUUUAAUCAUCAAACUGAAAAGAAUACAAUUAUAAAUUUUUUGUAGAGUUUUCAAUUAAAUUUAAAUGAUGCAUUUAUUUAUUUUUGCAAAUAUCCGAGAUUAAAGAGAUUUUUCUUUACAAUAUCAUUAAACAUAAAUUCAAUGCAUGAAAUUUAUGUACACUACUUUUUCCAUAUUGUUACUGUUUUUCUUAUAUUAGCUAUUUGAAUUAUUAGUCAAUUUAAAAUGUCUUUCAUGCAAAUACCAAUAUUGUUUAAGAGAUAUGUUUAAAGGAUUAUCAGGUUUUUUUUAGAAAGAGUUUGGGAAUUUCUAAUUAAUGCAAAUGCAAGAUGUUCAUAACAAAUGUAUAUUUUAAUAAAACUAUUUGUACUUUUGUAAAAA